GAUGGUCUACAGAGGCAAUAAGGGGAGUCGGGUUUCAGUGUUCAGGAACGGUGGAAGCACUGAAGGACUAAGGCAGCCUUUGUUCCAUUUGGAGCUGCAGGCAGCUGAGAGGGAGAGGGAGAGAGAGUUGAGGGAGAGAAGGCUCUGAGUCUGACUGGGAGUAGUGCGGGCUCCAACUCUUCACUGUACGCACAUAUGCACGAGUGAACUUUUUUUGUGAGGAAUUUACAUCAAUAAUCGAAGAUGAAUUCCCGACUCUCGCUGUGGUCCUUCGGUAUACAUCUCCUCCUGUGGUACUGCCAUCUUCCUGCUGACGCGCAGGUUAAGAAAGUUCGUGCAAGCCUUGUUGUGGAGCCCCGCUCCCUGGAAGUAGAUGUUAAUUUGGAUGUUACGUUCAACUGUAAAUGGACUGGCUACCCACCCCGCGGCUUCAGCUGGAACAAGAAGGGCGACGACAUGGUACUCAGUAAUAAUAACCAGCUGCACCUGAAGUCGGUCAAUCAGUCGGAUGCUGGUCAGUACGUGUGCAAAGCCAUGGUCCCACGCAUUGGUGUUGCUGAGAAAGAAGUCACACUGAAGGUCAAUGGCCCUCCUAUUGUCUCCGGUGACCCAGUCCAAUACGCAGUCAGAGGGGAGACAGGGGAAGUCAAAUGUUACAUCUCUGGCACCCCUCCCCCAGACAAGAUUGUGUGGGCAUGGAAGGACAGCGCGUUGUCCGAGAGGUAUACGGUGGAGCAGAGCCGGGUGCACUCGCAGGGCGAGGCUGUACUCUCCACUCUCAUCAUCAACAAUGUGAUGGAGUCCGACUUCGAUUCUCCCUUCAACUGCACUGCCCGGAAUGCCUACGGGCCAAGCGCCAUCACCAUCGCCCUGGAGGAGACUGAGCGGGGAUCUACAGCCCACCUGGACCUCACAGAGUUAAUUGGAGUCCCUCUCCCUCCGUCUGUCUCCUUCAUCACCGGCUACGAGGGCUUCCCGGCCUACAGCUUCGGGCCCAACGCCAACAUCGGGCGGCUGACCAAGACCUUCGUGCCGGACCCCUUCUUCCGCGACUUCGCCGUCAUCGUCACCAUCAAGCCGACGACGACCCGGGGAGGGGUGCUCUUCGCCAUCACGGACGCCUUCCAGAAGAUCGUGUACCUGGGCCUGGCCCUGACCCCCGUGGAGGACCAGACGCAGAGGAUUAUUAUGUACUACAGCGAGCAGGGGUCCUCGCGCUCCCAGCAGGUGGCGUCCUUCAAGGUGCCCGACAUGUCCAACAAGUGGAACCGCUUCACGCUGACGGUGCAGGACGACGAGGUGCGGCUGUACAUGGACUGCGAGGAGUACCACCGCAUGGCGUUCCAGAGGGGCCCCGGCAGGCUGCGCUUCGAGGCCAGCUCGGGCAUCUUCGUCGGCAACGCCGGGGGCACCGGCCUGGAGAGAUUUGUGGGCUCCAUUCAACAGCUAGUGCUCAUGCCAGACCCUAGAGCUGCGGAGGUGCAGUGCGAGGAGGAUGAUCCCUAUGCUUCCGGGUAUGGCAGUGGGGACGACAGCUUAGACGACAGGGAGACGAUGGAUGAAGUGAAGAAACGUGUGGAUGAGAAAGAGAUCACCUCUGCAUGGGCAGAGGACUUCCUGAGCGCGCCAGUGCCAGCCCCUCCCACACAGUCACCCAAUGAGGAUGAAGAGGGUGCUUACUCAGGGGAUGCGAUGCCCACGGAAGAGCCGUCCUCCAGCCAGGGCAUCAUACUGACUACUGAGACUACUGAGACUACUGGGACGGCAGAUCCAAGCCACACAGAGAAUACAGACCAAGGAGAAAGAUCAGUAAGUAAAGGCGAGCGUGGGGAUCAGGGCCCCCCUGGCCCUCCUGGACCCCCUGGACCCCCUGGACCAUCCGUGCCCUCCAGAGGAGGGAGUGCAGAAGGAGGGCAGCCAGGCCCCAGGGGGCCUCCAGGGCCAAAAGGAGAAACAGGAACACCUGGGAAGGAUGGCCAGCCUGGGAGCCGGGGAGAAGAUGGAGCUACGGGAGCCCAGGGCCCGCAGGGAUUUCCCGGAUUGGGAGGAGACCUGGGACCCAAGGGAGAAAAGGGUGAUCCUGGAGUGGGCCUCCCCGGGCCUCCCGGGCCACCUGGCCCUCCAGGCCGUCCCAGCCCUCCCAGGCCCUCGGAUGGUAUCGAUGCUUACGGCUCUGGGUUCGGGGACUUUGACAGCGACGCAGAAAUAGUCAGAGGCCCCCCUGGUCCUCCCGGUCCCCCAGGAAAACCUGGCCCCCCAGGGCCCGGCACAUCUUUUGGCCCCACGAUGGGCCUGCUCCCGGGGCUGCCCGGCGCCCCAGGGAAUGAUGGGAAGAACGGAGAACCGGGUAAACCCGGGUUACCUGGACCCCCUGGAGUUGAUGGAAAAGCGGGAACAGCAGGUGCGAAAGGGGAGAAGGGUGAUCCGGGCUUGACUGGACCACCUGGACUGAAGGGUGAGGUGGGAGAGCCGGGGCUCCCAGGCCCUAUCGGACCUGAAGGGCCCAGGGGCCCCGUUGGCCAACAUGGGCCCCCGGGGCCGCCAGGACCACCAGGGCCCCCAGGACUGGGCUCUGCCCUGGACAUGGAGGACCUGGAAGGUUCUGGAGGACUGGGUGGGUUCGGGAUGCCUGGACCCGAAGGCCCACAGGGACCUCGAGGCCUUCCUGGCCCCCCAGGGCCCAAGGGGGCCGACGGUAAGCCCGGUGUGGGAGAGAAGGGUGAGCGUGGUAAUCCAGGAAGAGAUGGCAACCCAGGUAUAGCAGGAGUACCUGGAUUAAGGGGAGGAACGGGAGACAAGGGCAGUCCGGGAGCAAAGGGGGAGCGCGGCGUCGACGGGUCCAGUGUCACAGGUCCUCCUGGACCACCCGGACCCCCGGGGCCAAUGAUCAGCUUCCAAGAUCUCCUGCUCAACGACACCGACGGAGCCUUUAACCUCACGGAGAUGCAGGGACCGCCGGGGCCCAUGGGACCUGAAGGCUUGCCAGGUCGAGCAGGAUUUCCUGGACCGAGGGGCCCGAAGGGGGACAUGGGGCUUCCAGGGAUCCAGGGCUCUGCGGGGCUAAAGGGCGAAAAGGGCGAACCCGGGGUCACCAUCAGCGCCGACGGGUCUUUGAUGACUGGACUCAGAGGGCCGCAGGGGCCCAAGGGAAUCAAGGGUGAACGUGGUUUCCCUGGCCAAGUUGGACUCAUGGGCCCCAUUGGACCCCAGGGACCAAAAGGAGAAUUUGGGUUCCCUGGACGCCCGGGCCGUCCCGGAAUGCUGGGGAAGAAAGGAGAAAAGGGAGAUUCUGUCAGUCAGCCGGGCCCCCCCGGCCCCCCCGGCCCUCCUGGUCGCCCAGGACCACUCAACUGCCCCAAAGGAACAGUUUUCCCGGUCCCUCCCAGACCACACUGCAAAACACCAAUUAAUGGGAACACAGAUUCAACAGAAGGGUCUGAUUGUAGGGGAAGGACGGGAGCCAAAGGGGAGAAGGGAGAUCGAGGCUGGCCAGGCCUGCCAGGAAGUUCAGAUUCCUGGCUUCUCAACGGUGUUACGGGUGAGAAAGGGAUCCCCGGCUACAGAGGGGAGAAGGGUCAGAAGGGGGAGGCUGGACUUCCAGGCCCGCCUGGGCUUCCUGGGAGGUCGGGCCUGGUGGGGCCCAAAGGCGAGGCUGUCGUUGGCCCCCAGGGUCAGCCUGGAAGACCAGGCCAACCCGGAGCUCCUGGGUUUGGAAGACCUGGACCUCAAGGCCCCCCAGGGCCUCCUGGGCCCGCAGGGCCCCCCCCUCUCUUUGGUUCUGCUGUUGCUAUUCCUGGCCCCCCUGGCCCCCCUGGCCCACCUGGACUUGGGAACCCCGUGACCACCUAUAAGUCGGUGGAGACCCUGUUCCAGCACAUGCACCGCUCGGCAGAGGGCACCAUGGCGUACGUCUCAGAGAAGAGUGAGCUCUACAUCAGAGUGCGGGAAGGCUGGAGAAAGGUUCAGCUUGGAGAGUUGAUUAGCCUCCCCGCUGAUAGCCCGUCCACUGCCGUGUCCCAUCGGCUCUCCCGGCAAGGAGGGCUCAGCUACAGUGACCUCAUCACCCAGGGACAGGUGUACCUUCCUGGAUACAACAUCCUGGCACACACCAUCCACACGGGCCCUGGGCUCCACCUGGUGGCCCUGAAUGCCCCUUUCUCAGGCAACAUGGGAGGGACACGUGGCGCGGACAACCAAUGCUACCAGCAGGCGCGCGCCAUGGGGCUGGUCAGCACCUACAGGGCCUUCCUGUCCUCACACCUGCAGGACCUGGCCAGCAUCGUGAAGAGGGGAGACCGCUUCAACAUGCCCAUUCUCAACCUCAAGGGAGAGGUGCUCUUCCACAACUGGAUGUCCAUCUUCUCCGGGAACGGGGGUGUGUUCCAGCCCGAAAUCCCCAUCUACUCCUUCGACGGCCGGAAUGUGAUGUCAGACCCGUCCUGGCCUCAGAGGAUGGUGUGGCACGGCUCCAGCGCAGACGGGAUCCGCCUGACCUCCAGCUACUGCGACGACUGGCGCACGGGCCACAUGGCGGUGACGGGCCAGGCUUCCCUUCUGCACAGCGGGCGGCUGCUGGGUCAGCUCACGCGCAGCUGCUCCAGCCAGUUCAUCGUGCUGUGCAUCGAGAACAGCUACGUCCAGGAAGCGUACAGAAUCUAACCGCGCUCCCGCAAGGGCUCCACAGAAACACACAGAGAAGUAGACACUGUUUCCUGCCUCCUUCCCAUGCUCUAGCAUUUUUUUUUUUUUUUUUUUUACUUUCGAAAAGGUGUAAAUAUAUGUAAAUUGACGUCCGACCUGCCCUUUGUUCAAUUGACCGAGACCAAUGCCAAAGACCAGAUACCUCAGCAAGCAAUCUGUGAAUCUGUCCUCCAGGGAGCAAAGCUGGUGUCGAGUCAGAUGACACGCUCCCGAGAAUUAUCACAUCAGUUGCUCGUCAUGCGAGAGGCUGGUGGCAAGAGUUAAGAGGGGCGCCCUCUCUGUGCUACUUGCCAGCCGAAUAUUACACAUUCUCAUUUGGGUUCUGCCUGGUGUUCUUUACGUGAUGUCAUUGAUGACACUAUGAUGUCACUGCUUAAGUCAACACUUGGUCCACAUUCCAAUGAAAAAAGUCCUGGGUUGCCUAACAAGAUGACGUGAUUUAAAUGCACUGCAUUCCAGUUAAUCCUUUUCCCCCCAUUCCAUUACCUGGCUUUUUUUCUGUCAAGGUUUCUGUUUUCUAUCUACAAAUUUCUAAUGCAAGCAACAGUUGUUAUCUCAGUAUUUAAAUUAAAUUCAAUGUUCUAUUUAUACCAUUACAGCACAUAAUCUAAAUAAAUGAAGUGAUCGAGGUUGUGUAAUUUAUAGGUUCCAUUGCUCAAAAUGAGAGUGCUACAGUAUUUUGCCUUGUCCUCUUACAAUUAGUAUUUUUGUACAGCAUCUGUUUUGACUGAUCUAGAUUAACAAAGUUUUUUUAAGAUUCAAAAGGAUUCUAAAAUAGGUACAUAGAAUUAUGGACUGUAAAAAAAUGAUGAGACUAUAUUUAAAAAACAAAGCAAAAUAAGUCAACUGGAAGUGUUCAAAGUAAGUUGGAAUUUAACUAUACAAUGAUCACUCCUAGCGCACAGCCAAGAAAGAGACCUGAUAAUUGUAAUCGUACUGCAGAGAAAUUUAUGUUUGUGUACGUUGACUGGUGUUCAUUGAAUAAAUGUUUUUUACAAAA